AUGUCCUCCCCACCCUCUACUAAAUCCAACGAAAAGAAAGCCCACCACGACACCCACCCCUCCGACCCCGAAGCAAUCGUCGGCCAAAUCACCGACUUCGAGGCCGGCGAAGUCUUCCGCAAAGAUGGCGAAGUCAACUUCCGCACCGUCGGCUGGCCGCGCGCCUCGGUGAUCUUUCUCAAAAUCAUCUUCGCCACGGGAGUCCUCUCCAUCCCGACGGCCAUGGUUUCGCUCGGGGCGGUCGGCGGUGCGCUGAAUGUGAUCGGGUGGGGAGCGUUGAAUACGUAUACGGCGGUGAUUCAGGGGGAUUUUAGGAAUCGGCAUCCCGGGUGUCAUUCGAUUGCGGAUAUGGCGAAGGAGGUGGGGGGUAUUUGGAUGAGGGAGCUUGUUGGCGGUUUGUUCAUCAUUGCUUAUGUGCUAUGUUCUGGCUCCGGAAUCAUAGGCGUAUCAGUUGGUCUCAACGCCCUCUCACACCACGCCGCAUGCACAGUCUGGUGGGCCUUCCUCGCAACAAUGGUCGUCGCCCUAACCGCCUCCGUCCGCAAAUUCCACCAAAUCGGCUGGCUCACCUGGGCAGGCUUCAUAUCCAUCUUCGUAGCCGUCUUCAUCGUCGUCGUCGCCGUCACCACACGCGACCGCCCCGCCGCCGCCCCAGCAACAGGCGACUUCGAACUCGGCUACUACGUCGUGCCCUCCGGCGUAACCUUCGCCGCAGGCGUCGUCGCCUCCACCACAAUCUUCGUCUCGUCCGCCGGCACUUCCGCCUUCCUACCCGUCAUCUCCGAGAUGAAGAACCCCAAGGACUACCGCAAAGCCCUCUUCGUCUGCAUGUCCCUCGUCACCGCCGCCUACCUCGCCUUCUCCCUCGUCGUCUACCGCUGGUGCGGCCAAUGGGUCGCGUCCCCCUCACUCGGCUCCGCCGGCCAAACGGUCAAAAUGGUCGCCUACGGCGUCGGCCUCAUCGGCCUCAUCGUCAGCGCCUGCCUCUACCUCCACGUCGCGGCCAAGUACGUCUUCGUGCGGAUCUUGCGGAACAGCAAGCACCUCCAGGCCAACACUCUCGUGCACUGGAGCACCUGGCUGAGCUGUACGUUUGGGCUCGCGGCUUUGGCGUUCGUGCUGGCGGAGGCGAUUCCGAUUUUCAAUUACCUCAUCGCUUUGACGGGGAGUGUUUGCUUUGCGCCCUUGGCUAUCGCACUCCCGGGGUGGCUGUGGAUACACGACCACAAGGAUUGGGUCAGGGGGAGUCUGCUGAGGCAAGCGGUCUUCUGGUUCCAUGCGAUGUUGAUUCCGCUGGGGUUGUUCUUUCUUGUGGGCGGGACGUAUGGUGUGAUCAAGGAGAUUAUUCAGGCGUAUGCUGAUGGGCAGAUUGGGUCUGCGUUUUCGUGCGCGGAUAAUUCGAAUUCUUCGCACUAG